AGAGUGGGAAGGCUAACAAACAUCUUUGACUGGAGUGGAAAAAACACACAGCUCUAUUAGCCUAUAACAGCAGAUUAUUACAUGGCAGGACGGUAGCCGGGAAUCAACUCGGAACGACAAAGCGGAAAUCAAGUUUUAUUCCUGGAGGGCUCAGCUUUUUAUUUUCGAAUGAGAAAUGUCCUCGGCGGCGUCCUGGCCUUUAUUUGUUAUCUGAGAGGAGUCGUAGCUGACUGCUAGCUGGCUAACUCCCCCCUACCCCCUUACUACGAGCUAGCUACUUAGCGACAGAGGUGUGAAAAUAUAAAGAAAUCCGGCUUUGGCAGGCUGUGGUCAAGAGAACGACACCUGACAAUGAAUGGCCUUUCUGUGAGUGAGUUGUGUUGCCUGUUCUGUUGCCCCCCCUGCCCCAGCCGUAUCGCUGCCAAGCUUGCCUUCCUGCCCCCUGAACCUACCUAUGCCCUCCUGCCCGAUCUGGAGGCCGGGCCGGUACCGGCCGGACCUACGGGGACGUCAAGCCUCCGGUCCCGGGGAGGAGGUGGCGGUGGCGGGAGUUCGGUAGGGGGGGGGAAUGCUCUAGGGGAGGGGCGCUGGAAGCUCCACCUCACAGAGCGGGCAGAAUUCCAGUAUUGCCAACAGGAUCUGGAUGCCACAGAAGUGUUCCUGACUCGAUCUAGUAGGGGGAACAGAGUGGGCUGCAUGUAUAUCCGCUGUGCCCCCUCUGCCAGGUUCACUGUCCUGUUCUCCCAUGGUAACGCAGUGGAUCUAGGCCAGAUGAGCAGCUUCUAUAUCGGCCUGGGCACUCGCAUCAACUGUAACAUAUUCUCUUAUGAUUACUCCGGCUACGGGGUCAGCACAGGGAAGCCCUCGGAAAAGAAUUUGUAUGCAGACAUAGACGCAGCGUGGCAGGCUCUACGCUCACGAUAUGGCAUCAGCCCAGAGAAUAUUAUCCUGUAUGGACAGAGCAUUGGCACGGUGCCUACAGUAGACCUGGCAUCACGAUACGAGUGUGCAGCUGUGAUUCUCCACUCCCCCCUCACCUCUGGCAUGAGGGUGGCCUUCCCCGACACUAAGAAGACUUACUGCUUUGACGCAUUUCCCAACAUUGAGAAAGUGUCUAAAAUCACGUCUCCAGUGUUGAUCAUCCAUGGGACAGAGGACGAGGUGAUAGAUUUUUCCCAUGGGCUGGCCCUGUAUGAGCGCUGCCCCAAAGCCGUGGAGCCGCUGUGGGUGGAAGGAGCCGGACACAACGACAUCGAACUGUACAGCCAAUACCUGGAACGCCUGCGUCGUUUCAUCGGGCAGGAAUUGGCCGCACAACACGCCUAAGCUCUCCUCCGUCUCCCUCUUGUCAUCCAACCAUCUCCCAGUCUGAGCGAGAGUGAGAUGGAUGCGUCAGUAACUUAUUGAAGGCUGCCAGUUUGUAUGGACAACGUUACUGUUGGAGCAGCUUGACACAUGCUCCACUGCUCAGAUUUGUUUUCUUAAGUGUUUUCUUUUUUUCUCCCUUUGUUUGUCAUCUCCUUGUGCAUGUGUGUACGUAUGUGUGCGCAUGGGAACUCUGGGGGAUGGAAGUGGAAUUUCUCUGGAGCAAGAAUGGAUGGACGAAUUCCUCUGCCGGUUUCAGUCCAAAGGAAAGAAGCCAGAUGCUGUCCUGUACCUCCAACCUGAUGGUGUUUCUCAAUAUCUGAGCAUUCAUUUGUCAGUUGAGCGGUUCACAUCUCUGACCUGCUCCCAUGAUGCCUCAGCCUGUGAGAUCUUCACUUCCCACUUCUCAUCAGGCAGCCUAAAAUAGCUCAUUCUCUGAGCCUGGCAAAUUUCCUAGCCUUGCUGACCCUGCAGGAUGGAAAAAAACGUUUGUUAAUGUGGAGGAUUUCAGGAUUAAGUUUUGAAGCAUCCUACACAGGUGCAAUGAUGCCCACCUCUGCAUCUUCAUUCAUUCGUUUAACCAUUUGGCUUGCUCUGGACGGUGUGUGUGGGUCCGUCCAAUGCUGACCUCUAUUCCCUUCCAAUGAGUUUUUGCCUUUAUGUAAAAGCUGAGCUUGGGAUUAGAUGACACCUAAUGAUCUACACCGCUCCAGGCAGGGAAAGCUCCAAUCCUGGGACGUUGGCUUUUUUUCCCAGCAUUAUCAGUCUUUUUUUUUUCCUCUUUGCUGUCUCUUUCCUUUUUUCUCAGCAUGUGAGGGUGUCCAUAGCACCCCGAGGUGAAAGAAACUGGGAGGGCUGCUUGCUCAUCAUCAUAUUUCAAUGAAACCACCACACUUGGGAUGACAUGAUAUGGAGUACAUUCACGUCCAGAUCCAUACAUCAUGUUUCUUAACUGUUGGGCCAGUAGAAAGAUCAAGGUUUCAUUAUCUUGUCGGGACUUUCCUAAAGCCAGAUCUUCGGUGUAGCACACAAGUAGUUUAACCUUUUGAAUGGGUUUUGGGUUAAUAAAUGGUUUAAUUGUGUAAGAACAAAUAAUGCACACAACGCUGGUAGCAGUCAGAGGUAAAAACAGAAAGCACUUCUGAACCCUGUGGCAAAGACACACAACUUGCAACCAGUUUUUCUCGUUUUCAGCCUGACGUCAAGUAUGUUUCUAUCACGGGAAUGUUAUUCCUCUCUUGUUGGCAUUUGAAAUGGAGCUCAAGCUAUAAUCAUGCAUAUUUACUCUGUCUCUUUGGUGAUUGUUAUGUUUAAGCAAAUCGUU